AUGUACUAUACCCUUUCAUAUCCUAUAGCAAGUGACUUCCAGUCAAUUUCCAAAAGCCUGGUCGGAAUUCCCGAGCGGCAGAGUGAGACUAUCAACGACAGCUCGUUCCGCCCGGUUCCUUGUGAACUAAUGGAACCAAUGGGCGAAGUUUCAAUCGUGUAUGUGCGAAUACAGAGAGGAACGAAAGCCAUGAAAACCAGUCACUCAAAGUACCUCAUCUCCCAAUUACCCAUCGUCAACAAGGCCACCAACGCGGAUAUCGAGGAAGUGGCCAAACCUGGUGACAACGACGCAUUCAAUAUGGGAUACAUGACCCACAUUGGCCAGACCUCCAUCCAACACAAGAUCAAUUCAAUGUGGAACAAUUGA